UGUUAACCAGCAGUGUUGGUUUUUACAAUGCACUCCGUCGUGAUGUUUCUGGCUGCCGUGAUGGCUACAGCUGUCAAGGCAGCUGACCAUCUUGACGAUCCCAGCGAUCUAGCUUUAACGCUCGAAGAAGAGGAAUUUGAGAAUUUUCUCGAUGAAUAUCUGACGAUUGAAGAGCUAAGUUGGAUCAGCGAACCGGAGGACGACGAAGAAGAAACUGUUUGCAUAUUCAAAAUAAGAGGUGACCUCGGACAACCGCAACCAGUGUACGUGCACAACAAUAAACUGCUUGAGCCCGCUGGCAACACCGGGCAAGUCCGCGUCACCGCCGGGCAGGAGAUCAUCAUCGCCUGUCCUGGCCAAAACAACAAGAUCAGGCAUCCCAAAAUCAUCUCUGAUAUUGCAUUCGCUAAAGCAACAUGCAUGAACGGCACCAUAAUCUCGGGUGUGGGCUGGUUGCGGGACGAGGGCGAAUUCGGCCGUCUUACGUGUGCCCGACACCCGGAGUCUCAAACUGUACUCACUAACGAAGAAUGUUUUGACCACAACACCGUCAUCAAGGUUGGUUAUCAAGUCGCGAACUCUUUUUAUACUUCUUACCAUUCCUGCUUCAAUCGAGAAAAAUUGGAAGUUCUGUACGUGAAGUACCACCUGAAAGCCGAGAAUGCUCUCCACCAGACUCGCGUCAGGCGGCCCGAAUGGAUGGCUGGCGAUUUCUACCCUGGCGUUAAUCCAGACCAGCUCUACUCGAAAGCUCGUCAGAAAACGCAAAUUGCUGGAAUUGUCGGCAGUAACAUGGUCGGUCGGUACAUCACAAGGAGUCAGUACUUGGCACGCGGCCACUUGACCGCCAAAAGUGACCAUCCAUUUGCCUCGGCUCAGCGUGCAACCUUCUUUUUCAUUAACGUCGCUCCUCAGUGGCAACCAUUCAACGCUGGAAAUUGGAACAAACUUGAACAGAAACUUCGCGCUCGCAUCGCUGAAGCCGACUACAACACUGUUGUGUACACCGGCACCUUUGGGGUAACAGAACUUCGCGACAGUCAUGGUGUACUACAGAAAAUUUACUUGCAUGGACCUACCGGGAACGGCCAGAUUCCAGUUCCCCUCUAUUUCUACAAGGUGGUGAUUGACGAACAUCGUGGGCUCGGCACUGCAUUCGUCAGCAUCAACAACCCCUACUACACGGCUGCUGAGGUCCGCAGCCUGCAGUUCUGCACCGACUACUGCCGGAACAGCGAUCGUUUUGAGUGGAUUGGCUGGGACCCUGACCGCAUCGAUCUAGGCUAUAGCUUCUGCUGCACCAUCAAUGACUUCAGAAGAAAAAUCUCUCACAUACCCGAUGGCGAAGUAUGGCAGUCCGCGGAGCUGGUUCGACGAGGCACGGUCGGCCGAUUCGUAACUGGUCGCGGUGCAGUGGAUCUUGUGAUGGGAGAAGUUCCAGAAGUGGUUGUGGAAGGGUGCAACGGUGUGGACGACGACCCUGGCUCAGCAGAAGUCAACGACGUCGCCCACCAGAAUGGAGAUGACGGACGCACUGGCGACGCCGGCGCGCGAGUGCUCCGCUCCACCCCGGACUGGGGCGACGGCGCGAUCAGCGGCGAGCACCUCUGGUCGCCCACCUCCGUCUCCGGGGACUGCUGCUACGUAGGAGACACCGAAUGCCAAAAACACGGCUCCCGAAUGAAGUGUUCCGCGUGUAAGAUCGUCGCGCACACCGCGUGCAUCGACAUUCUGAUGGAGCGCGUGCAGUUCACGUGCAAGCCAACGUUCCGGGAUGUGGGCGUGCGCCAGUACCGCGAGCAGACCGUCACGCACCACCACUGGGUCCACCGAAGAUCGGAGAAGGGCAAGUGCAAGGCUUGCGGGAAGUCACUGCGGCGCAGAUGCUGUGGGUGGUGCAUACCGGAGCGAGGUUCAGUUCACAGCUCUAAACCAGUAGACAAUGAAAUCUCUGAUCGCUCGCUGCAGGCGAAACUGUCCUUUAGCUCUAAGGAGAUCGUUGCGCUGAGCUGUUCCUGGUGCAAAGACGCGUAUCACAACAAAGAGAGCUGUUUCAACCUUCAACGGAUAGGGGAAGAAUGUUGUUUAGGAUCGCAAUCGAAUAUCAUAGUGCCGCCAUCGUGGAUCGUGAAACUGCCUAGAAGAGGUAGUUUCAAGUCGUCGUUGCGGAAAUCGCCAAAGAAGAAAAAUGCGUCGAAGAAGAAAGGCAAAGACUCUAAGAAUGAGCAGAAAACGUUUGUGAUAAAACCAAUACCGACUGCGAAGGUGAAUCCAGUGUUGGUGUUCAUUAACCCGAAGAGUGGGGGAAACCAAGGGGCCAAACUUUUACAGAAAUUCCAAUGGCUGCUCAACCCGCGGCAGGUCUUCGAUCUCACGCAAGGUGGACCUGGACCUGGGUUAGAAUUGUUCCGCAAAGUGCCAAACUUGCGAGUGCUGGCGUGCGGUGGCGACGGGACAGUUGGUUGGGUGCUCAGCGUACUAGACCGCAUCGGCACGCGGCCUGCGGUCGGCGUGCUACCGCUUGGAACCGGGAACGAUCUCGCCAGAGCGCUCGGAUGGGGAGGGGGCUACGAAGACGAACCUAUAUCGAAGAUCCUGGCGAACAUCGGCGAGAGCGACACAGUCCUUCUGGACCGGUGGCAGCUGACCGUGGAGCCCAACACCGCGGCUGCUGGCGAGGAAGCCAAGAAUGCGAAGCCCGAGCUACCGCUAAACGUCGUCAACAACUACUUCUCAUUCGGAGUAGAUGCACACAUAGCACUCGAAUUCCACGAGGCGAGAGAGGCGCAUCCGGAGAAGUUCAACUCGCGUAUCAGAAACAAGCUGUUCUACGGAACCGCUGGCGGCAAAGACCUGAUGCAGCGAAAGUGGAAGGGCUUGGCGGAGUUCGUCACCAUGGAGUGCGAUGGGAAGGACCUCACGCCUGUGCUCAGGGAACACAAAGUGCACGCCAUUGUUUUUUUAAACAUUCCAAGCUACGGGGGUGGCACCCACCCUUGGAACAAAUCCGGAGGGGCAGUCGAGCCCUCGACUGAAGACGGCCUUAUAGAAGUAGUAGGAUUAACGACAUAUCAAUUGCCUUUAUUGCAAGCGGGCGGCCACGGCACCUGCAUCACGCAAUGCAAGACUGCGAAGAUCGUCACCACGAAGGUGAUACCGAUGCAGGUGGACGGGGAGGCGUGCCGGCUUGCGCCUUCCAUCAUCACGCUGUCCAGGCUCAACCAGGCCACAAUGCUGGCCAAGAAGAAGCCUGGACGGGUUAUUGCACCUCAAACGACAGUGGACAAACUGUCACUCACUGUGAAUCUCAUAACCAUGGUGGAUUACGAAAGACAUCACUAUGAUAAGGAGCUCCUCGCGAAGACAGCGGAGCGCGUCGGCACUUUGGAGGUGAACCCGGCGGCUGACCUGGAGCAAAUGCGUGGCCUCAUACAGAACAUGAUCAAAGAGUCUCAAGCGUACUCGAACCUCGUCGACUGGUGGUUCGUCGACUCCGUAACAGCAGAGCGGUUUUUCCGCAUCGACAAGGCGCAAGAAAACCUGCACUACCCAACGGAUAUUGGACACGAGAACAUCUACAUUCUGGACGCGGCGCCACUGACUCCGGACACCGAGUCCACGGCGCACCCGGACACCACCGCCACAGCUUCACUGGACCGGACGGGGCCGUCCGUGUCACUUGACACCACCACUGGACUCUCUGUGUCGCUCGACAUCUCGCAAAGUGUCGACACCCCCAGCGCUGGAGUGUCGCUUGAUGUACCUGAAUCUCAUGCCAGCGAAUCGGGUCUGGGUAGCCCCGCGCGCACCUCAGAGGAACUGCUGACGCCUCAGACGCCUCCUCCUGUCAUCAUAGCGCCCUCUUCACCGGCCAGCAAGACUCCUGUUCCGAGCACUCCCAAGAUGGCACCACUGCCACCUUCACCCAAGGUGCUCAUACCGCAGGAGUCCAAUUCUCCUCCGCUCUGCACCAGCCCUCCUGCCAAGGAACAUCUGCCUACACACGACUCGAUAGUGCGCUUCAAAACCAUACACGAAAAACUUUUUGGACUUGACCAAGAAGUGUUUGGCUUUAGAAAUUUAUUGGAAAAAACAUCUGACGCACUUCUCAAAGCGGCUAAAGUCGGAGAUUUGAAAAUGAUGAAAGAGUUGCACGCGGCCGGCUAUUCGCUGCUAUCGAUCGACGCGAGUGGGCAAACAGCGCUGCACAUAGCCGCUCGCUACGGGAACAAGGAGAUCGUGAAGUACUUGAUUGCUUGUGCCCCCACGGCGAUCCUGAAUAUGCGAGACAACGAGCGGGGGCAGACGGCACUGCACAAGGCGGCCGCCCACAAGCGCCGGGCGAUAUGCUGCAUGCUGGUGGCGGGCGGCGCGUCCCUCACUAGGCAGGACCACGCCGGGCUCACGCCGCGGCAUUUAGCUCUGCGCGCGGAGGACCACGACCUCGCUGCUUACUUAGAGAGUCAAGAGCAUUUCCAAUUGGUUUCUGAGGACCUAGAAACUGCUGUUUGAGGGAAACCCUCAAGAAGUUUCUCCAGCAGCGUGCCCAGCAGGACGCGGCAAGUGAUACAAGCAAAUGACUUGAUAAAACCCAAAUGUAUUUAUACUCCAAACCAAAGUGAUAUUGAGAUCUAUUUAAUUGUGACGUUUCCAUUUUUUCCAUUGAGAAUUUCCUAGUUACAUAUUGUAUUUUUAUUCUAAAUUAAUAAUGUAUAAUACGAAUACGAUUUAAUUAAGUGAUUAUGAAUAAAUAUUAUUAAUGCAUUGACGAUAUUAUUAGAAAUACACUUUAGCAUUCUCUUAGUAUUAAUUUGAAGUACCGUACUUACGAGCGAUAAUAUUGAAUAAGGAGAAUAAUGAUAUAAUUUUUAAAUUCAAAUAAUUAUAAUAAACUUAUUCGUUAGAAAUAAGUUUACCGUGCCCUUUACUCACAUACUUAUGACUAAAAUCAUAUCCUAGUAGAACACAAUACUGUAAAAAUUCUAACUUUAUUUCCUCAAAGAUAUUCGUAGCACAAUUCCUUAAAUUUUAAAUUAAAGUUACAACGGUAAAGACUACAAAUAAACUUUCGACAUCCACUAAGUAACUUAAAUACUUAAUGGGCAGGAUCAACAAUGGGUAAGUAUUUUAAAAUCUGGUUUGGCUUAAUGAUGAGUAAGUCUGAAUGAAUACGAUAUUAAUAAGUAGACAGUAAAAAUAUCUGAGGCAAUAAAAAGAAAGAAACAAUACCAACUACUCUUUAUACUUUAAAGAAAUUUCGAACGGAAUAAGUACCUGCUUAACUCCUGAAAACAAAAUGUCAUUAUUAGUAGAAUUAACGUUUUUUGAUGCCUUAUAAAAUAUGGAUGUGCGUAUUUUGAAUUAAGGCUCUCUGUAUCUACCACAUUCGAAUCAUUGUUGUUUUGUAUUAAAAUAUUAAAUGGAUUUAUUAUUUGCCCUACUCAAGAAUCUGAUAGUUUUGUAAUUUUGUUUGAUAAGUUGUUAUUUUGGCACGGCAUAGUAAUAUCGUACUGUUUGCUGAUUCAUUUUAGGUCCUACAGACAAAAAUGCUUCGUAUUAUAGGAUAGUUGACAUCACUAGUCAAUUCUCAAAAACGAGAAUAUCCCAUAAAUUUUGUAUGGCAAAGUGAACCCAUGACGCAGCCGUCGAAUUUAAUUUGACCAACUAUUGAUAUCAAAGUUACUGAAAAUGGAUAAUUUACAGCAAAUUAAAAACUUUCAGGGAUAUAAUGAAGAGCUCCUUUUCUUAGAGUUAUUGGUUGAUGGUGUCAACUGCCCUAUCAUGCCUCAACGUUUAUCGCAAACGCUUUCAGUAUGACAUAGGUGCACCGAACAUCUAUUUCUGCGGCAAUACAAAGCAUUUUCAGGACUGUAAGAGCUAGUGAUGGAUGUACACAAACGUGAUUUUGAAAGCAAUCGUGAUACAUUUCGAUAUACAAUUAGGACCCUGUUUUGUAUACAUUUCCGAGGGCAAGGUUCGAGCUUACCCUCUUUUCCAAACAGUUUGCUAUCUGAAUGCAACCCUUGAAUCCAAAUAAGUCGUGCUAUUUAAAUUCCUCUUUGAAAACGAACCAAAAGUGAUCCAUCCACUCUUUUUAAAUCCUCUAAAGCAUAAAAAGGGAGUUUCCUAAAGAAAUUCAAAUUGUAUGAAUGCACAGAGUUCAGGAUGGCUUUUAUACGCGAAUAAACAGUACAAAUUAUUUUGAAAAAGUUUUGUGAAAUGGUACGAGUAGACAGUGCAAUGGUUUUUAUUUUGCUGUUUUUGUGUCCCAUUACUGAUAAAUAGGUAGGUAAUUAAACCUUUUAUAUCUAAAACUUAUUAACUCUAUGUGAUCCCUUAAUAAUGAGAUAAUGUACGUACAUGUAGAGUAAGAAUUGUAUUUAAAUUAUUGUAAAUCUUAAGAACAUUAUUUGCCUAAAUAUUUAUACUAAAAUUAUAUUAUAGUUACGAAUACUUACUACCCUAUAGUAGGCCUUAUUACUUAACUCACCCUGAACCAAUUUAUUAUUUAGUUGCGAGGUUCCGAUUGCAAUAUCAGUGUGUAUAGUAGGUAUAUUCGGUGAAAAUUGUCAUUUAAUUUAAAUUACGUGUUCCUGAUAUAAUCGGUAGCACUAUUUAUUGAUCUCAAAGUUCUGAUAAGUAGAAAGAAAUUAAUUUGUGUGAUUGUUUAAUGAACUUAUUUUUUCCGCAUAUUUUAUUGGGUUUGAAUGCCCGAAAUUCUCGUCCUAGGUCAUUAAUUGUUUGCAGUUCAUUAAUAAUUCGACUUGCGUUAGUAGCUACGGAACCGGGCAGUGGGCGGGCGGUAAUGGCCGACGGAAGUUUUCGCGCGGACCGGAACUUCGGCAACUAAAUAUCUUAGAAUCUGCCGAAUCCACCUAUCUCGGCUCCAAAAGUUUCGUCCGUUCCGUUCGCGGCGAAUUGGUAUCGUUAGUGUUAUUUUGUGACUGUAACGCCAAUACCUCUACUUUUAGAUAAUAUUGUACCUAAUAGUUUAGUAUUUAACGAAUUUACUCGUACUACUCGCUGACAAGCGAACAAUGAAAGACAAAGCUGUGAGAAUUAUGGUCAUAAUGUAAAAAGUAAGUUCAUUUGUUAUUGUAAGCGAGAACUAUGUACACCAUGAUGCUGUUUUGUGAGUUCCCUUGUUUGUGAUUGUAGAUAAUACUACGUUUUAAGGAUUAUACUACCUACUGCUCGCUAGUGUAAAGAAUAAAGAUAUCGUCUAAAUUGGCUUUUACUGUUUGUCGCUAAUAUAACUGUAACUUUCUUCGAUCGAUAUACAUAAAUGUCACCCUUAUUCAUGAAUGAAUUAAUAAAUUAAAACAGUCCUUUAACAUUUUCCCAGACAGUAACCCAGACACAAGAUAAGUUUAAAUGUUAUGUACUAUCAGUUUUAACUACCUAAAUAAUAGUUUUGUUCUUCAUCAAUACUUUACAAAAAGUUAGUAAGCGUCCAUUCGACAAAGCACUGUUUAAUUUUCUUUUGAAUAAGGGUAACAAUUAGGCAUAUCUGUCGUUAGCAUUUUCUUAGUAAAAUAUGUUUUGUCGUCUUUAAACUGUUGUGUUUCAUCUAUUUGGCUAGCAUAAUAUUUUAAUAGGUAUGUAACUUACCAACUAAACGAAAAAGCAAAGGCUAAAAUAUUUAAAAUUGAUUUUAUUGGUACAUCCUACAUAUUUCUACGGACCUAAUUUUUAGAUAGUAAUUUGCCAAUUCGUUAUUCUUAAUGUUAGUGGUAAUUUCCUAUGAAAUAUUUAAGUCUUUGUACCUAUAACUGUACUGGAGGCCUUCAUUCGUGUAUGUAGCGUAUUGUAUAUUUCUUGUAAUGCAAAUUCAUAGCGUAACGUCUAUCGACCAAUUUCGUAUCUUUAAAACGAAAAUAAAUAUCACUAGGUUAGAUUUGAGCACGGAUUUGUAAAGUGUACACUUGUACAGAGUAUGGGACUAGGUAGUUACGUUAGCAAAAACUUGACUAGUGGGUUCAGACAUAGAACAUGUGGAAUAUCUCCCAGAAAUUGAAGUAGAUAAGUACUUUUUUCAUUUCUUUUUUAUGACACCAGACAAAAACUUCAUGAACAUCUCUGAUCGGAAACAAUCGAAUCGGAGAAAACAUUUUUUCAGGGAAAUCGGAUGUGAAUGUACCGUACCAUAGGAAAAUCAUACAUUUUCAGGGGAAAGACAAUCAUUUUCAGGGGCAAAUCAAACACUUUCAGGGGAAAAUCAUACAUUUUCAAAGAGAAAAUCCACUGGUUUUCAAUAAAAGAAGAAAGUCAGAACUCACUGUUUAAGUCCCUGUUUCAACAUACUGCACAUGUUUUGACUAUAUUUUGGCAGAGAUUUAGAUCAAGCCUAGCGUAAUUUAUAACACCAAUAAGAUGUGUUACGUGAUAGAACUCCUAACAUGCAUACUGAACUGUUUUACCUCCAGAUUUGAAUUGAAGUCUUUUACAAGGAACUUGUUUCUUCUUAAUUAGAAAGUAAUGUAAAAAUCUAGAAUCGAAAAAGGGAAUAGUUACUGUGUUUAUGUGAAACUAUCUAAAUUGUAAACGCUUGUAUCUAAUCGCACUGCUAACUCGGGUAGAGCACUUGUCGAAGUACGGAAACUAUUGAUUUAUCGAUAAGAAUAUUGUUUCUUCGUUAUCUUGUAUUGUUAAUUAAUAUUUAAAGUUUGAUUGUUUAUAAUAAAGACCGUUAAAAAUUGUUGAUAUUAUUUGAAUGCGAUAAUCACUGCACGGCGUCGACUCUAUUGUACGGACGACAGCACAUCAAGCUGAACAUAGUGGCGUCUUAUCUCGAUAUAAUACAAGCUAUUUUGCAACAAAAAUGUAGAGUCUGAUAUGCUGUCGACUGUAUUUGACCGAUAUCGAUAUCCAAACUUGGAUGGUCCUUGUGCGUACCCAUGUUGUUUCUAGAGUUGUAUUUUUAAAAGUACCUAUAGGUGUUCAAAAAAGCCUAGUCUGCCGUUUACCGAUAUGAUGAUCAUAAAAUUGAUCGUGUAACAAAAUCGUGAAAAAAUAUGAAAACGAUCUGAUUGAGUUUCGCGAUUCAUUUCACUACGUUGCGCGUUGUAACUAUCUUAGUGCUAAGUAAGCACUUUAGAAAUUGUACCUACAUUUAAAUUUAUUAUUUGAUAACAGAUAUGAUUCAGUAUCUAUUUGUACAUCAAUACAAGUACCUAAUAAUUUAGGUACUGUUGUACUAACAACCAUGCUAUAAGCGGGUGUGUCUUCUGUCUUCGUUUGUUUCUACUACCUACUUAUAUCCGAGACAAUACAUAAUUAAAAUAGCUAAUCUACAUUUAUUAUUCUCGUAGUGGAUGAGUAGGUUCGACGAUUUAAAUAGAAGUAUAAAGAAUGACUAAAGGCGUGGAUGCCGAUUAUAUCGUUUUAAUAAAAAUAUUUCAUUAAUUACAAAUUCCCAAUAUCCUGAUGCAUCUGUGUCAUCAUAACAAAACUUUAUUAAACAAGUAAACAUGUUCAUAAUGAUAUAUUAAGUCACUGAUAACUACCUUUUAAAAUGUUUAACAAAAAUUGGCAAUCAAUAAAAAAAAACUAAAUCUAGAUAUUAACAGCUCUAGGUAUGUAUUUGUAAGGGUUAUGCACGAGGUGUUAUAAUUUUUUAAUUAGGUAAUAAUCUACAAUAUUGUCACUCUGUAGGGACUACCUAACUGUACUUUUAUAAAAACUUGAAUAAAAAUUGUAAAAGUAAUUUUAAUAGUGUUUUGAGAGCACUCGUUUCAUUGUAAGUACAUACUUAUUUUUGCACUCAAUAAAGUCACUAUUUUAAAUAAAGUUAUUUAAUGAAGUACACUGAAAGAACAAUAAAUAAAGUACGACUUCAA